AUGUCAGGUACUGGAGGAGAUAUCUCUCAAGUACACUGGAAGCAGCAGUGGCUGGAGAACGGGACGCUGUUCUUCCACGUGUCCAUGAGCAGCUCGGAGCAGCUGACCCAGGUCACGCAGCCCACGGUUCGAGAGCCGCCUCGAGUCCUGCACGAACACAUGCACCUGCUGCACAUCUCCGUCAUGGGUGGUCUGAUCGCUCUUCUGUUACUCAUCCUGCUUUUUACACUGGUACUCUACACUCGCCAGCGCUGGUGCAGACGCCGCCGGGCCCCGCAGAAAAGCGCCAGCACUGAAGCUACACACGAGAUCCACUACAUCCCCUCCGUCCUGCUUGGACCGGCCCAAAAUAGGGACAGUUUUCGUGGAGCCAGACCCCUCCAGCACAGCUCCGUCAUCGGGAUGCCCAUCAGAGAAACUCCUAUUCUAGAUGACUGCGAUUGUGAAGAGGACGAGCAGCCGGGGCAUCUGCUGGAUGGUAAAGCACGUCUGGAUGAUGACCUGUGCAGCCAGGGCACACAUAACAUGGACAGUUUGGGGAAAGCACAAGAAAAGAAAGUGGGGCAGAGAAAGAAAGCGGCUUUAAAGUGGAAUCAGGAGAGCGUAGAGGCCCUGAUGCAGAGGUUUAAAGAGAGUUUCCGAACCAACACCACCAUGGAGAUUACACACUUCCAGAACGUCACGCACAGCUCCUCCACAGGCCGGAAGAGAGGACCAACACACACUAGAGGUUUUCCGUGGCCCUACUCAAACCUGGAGAAAGGCUAUGACCUUGUCACAGGAGAACAGGCUCCAGAGAAGAUUUUCAGGUCGUCCUACAGUCUGGGUCAAGGCCUCUGGCUGCCGGUCACCAAGAGUUUUGUGGUUCCUCCGGUGGAGCUGUCCAUCAACCCUAUAGCCAGCUGUAAGACGGAUGUGUUGGUUACUGAAGACCCUGGAGAAGUGCGGGAAGAGGCCAUCAUGUCCACUUAUUUUGAGACAGUGGACGAUCUCCUGGCGUCCUUCGGUCCAGUGAGGGAUUGCUCUAAAGACAAUGGCGGAUGCCGGAAAAACUUCAAAUGUGUGUCAGACAGACGGAUGGACUCCACCGGCUGCAUGUGUCCAGACGGGCUGAGACCCAUGAAGGAUGGCUCGGGCUGCUAUGAUUACUCUCUGGGAACCGACUGUACUGACGGAUUUAAUGGAGGCUGUGAGCAGCUCUGUCUUCAGCAGCUCGUUCCUCUUCCUGAAGACCCAACAUCCAGCAAUGUGCUCAUGUUCUGCGGGUGUGUGCAGGAAUAUAAGCUGGCGGCUGACGGUCGCUCUUGUCUUCUGUUGGCCGAUCACUGUGAAGGACCCAAAUGUCCAAAACAAGACUCGCGCUUCAACAACACACUCUUCAGCGAGAUGCUGCACGGAUACAACAACAAGAGCCAGCAGCUGAUCCUGGGUCAGGUCUUUCAGAUGACCUUCAGGGAUAAUAACUUCAUCAAGGACUUUCCUCAGCUGGCGGACGGGCUGAUGGUGAUUCCUCUGCCGGUGGAGGAGCAGUGUAGAGGAGUGCUGUCAGAGCCAUUGCCCAACCUGCAGCUGCUCUCAGGAGAUGCUCAGUUCAGUGAAGCCACAGGGUAUCCCAUGAUGCAGCAGUGGAGGGUCCGGAGUAACCUGUACAAAGUAAAGCUCAGCGCCAUCACAUUGUCCACAGAUUUCUCCAAGGUGUUGAAAUCCCUGACGGCGGACAGCACACGGGAUGAUCUGCUGGCGUUUAUCCAGCAAUACGGCAGUCAUUAUAUCUCGGAGGCGCUCUACGGAUCUGAACUCACCUGCAACAUCUACUUCCCCAGCAAGAAGUCCCAGCAGCAGCUCUGGCUCCAGUACCAGAAAGAAGUGACGGAGCAGGGCGGCGGCCGGCGGGACCUGAAGGCUGUGCCGUUCAUCAGUUACCUGUCCAGUCUCCUGAAGACGCAGCUCCUGUCGGACGAUCUGGUGGCCGGAGUGGAGAUCCGCUGCCAGGAGAAGGGCAGCUGUCCGGCAGCCUGCCACCUGUGCAGACAGUCAGCCAGAGAGACGUCCAGCCCCACACCGGUCCUGCUGGAGGUCAGCCGCGUCGUUCCGCUCUACAGCCUGGUGCAGGAUAACAGCACGAAAGAGGCCUUCAAAAGUGCCACCAUGAGCUCAUACUGGUGCGCGGGGAAGGGUGAUGUCAUCGAGAACUGGUGCCGAUGUGACCUGACUGCGCUUGGAAAAGAUGGACUUCCCAAUUGUAGCCCUCUGCGGAGACCUGUAUUAAGACUGGCUCCACACUUGGAACCCUCCAGUACGAUGGUGGCGCUGGAAUGGAUCGACGUGGAGCCUCUGAUUGGCUACAAGGUGUCAGAUUACAUCAUUCAACAUAAGCGAGUGGAGGACCCAUCAGAGGCUGAAAUCUACACAGGAGAGGUUUUGAGCCUGAUGGAUGAUCUGUUUUCGGGUCUGGGCUCCUCGUGUGUGGUUGCAGGACGGAGAAAUGCUGAACACCCUCAUAAUAUGAUCUAUUCGCUCGUCUUCAAGUGCCUGGAGCCCGACAGCCUAUAUAAGUUCAGUCUGUAUGCAGUGGACAGCCGUGGCAGUCGUUCGGAUGUGAGUUUUGUGAGCGUCCGCACCUCCUGCCCGAUGGUGGACGACAGUAAAGCAGAAGAGAUCGCAGACAAAGUUUACAACCUGUAUAAUGGCUACACGAGUGGAAAGGAGCAGCAGACGGCCUAUAACACCCUGAUGGAGAUCUCUCCGCCGCUGCUGUAUCGCGUUCAGCAUCACUACAACUCGCACUAUGAGAAGUUCGGAGACUUUGUGUGGAGAAGUGAAGACGAGCUCGGACCCAGGAAGGCCCAUUUGAUCCUGAAGCGCACGGAUCGGAUCAGCCUGUUCUGCCGCUCGUUGCUGCGCAGCGGUUUCAUCCAGAGCCGAACAGAAAGCGUGCCAUAUCUGCUGUGCCGAAACGAAGACUCCCGACCCAGCAGCUCUCUGUGGCACAGCGCGCUUCACGAGAGCCGACUGGUGUGUCUGGAGAAGCUGAUUUCAGUGCAGCGCAACAUUUAUGGCAAGUCAAAGCUACGAUGA